AUGUCCCCAAACAGCAUCGGUCUGCGUAUGGGUGGCGCUUCGAGAGCGGUAUUCGCCGCCCAAGGCGUUUUCCUCUUGGGGAAUGCCUUCUACACCAUUCUCUAUCCCUCCUCCGCAGCAAAUUUCCCAGGCUCUUCGCUGAGCGGGACCCCUAACGGGACUGUUCAGUGCAUUGGUUUAACUUCCCUUGCUUUGGGAACAUACUACCUAAUUUCGACCUACCAGCGGGAUAGUGUCAUUAUGGCUUCUUCUGUGCCUUCUCGCCUCGUGGCAGCGUUCGUGAUGUACCGGGCUGGAGGAGGUUGGGUCCAAGUUGCGGCUUUCGAAAUCUCAAUGGCAAUGGCGGCUGGUGUAGCACUUUUUUGGGAUCGGUGCAUAUAG